CUUGAACAGCAGUGAAAAUCUCAUUUCGAUUAGCACAAUGGUUGCCCACGCUGAUAUCCUUCUGUCGAAGUGUGCUCAGUUUCGAAACGAAAGUCAAUUCAUCGACGUUCGAUUAAAAGUUGGUGAACAUAUUUUUCCAGCUCAUCGCAUCGUGCUUGCUGCGAAUAGCGGUUAUUUCCACGCCAUGUUUACAGACGGAAUGAAGGAGUUCAACCAAGAAGUGAUCGAGCUCAAAGAUGAAAGCAUCUCACCAUAUGUUUUAAAUAUAAUACUGGACUCCAUCUACACUGGAGAUCUUCUUGUAAACGAGAAAAACGUAUCCAAGGUUCUCGCUGCCGCAGAUCAUCUUCAAGUUGUAAGUGCUGUUCAUCAGUGUUGUAAUUUCUUGCUGACCGAAUUCAUGAAACUUCGUUUCGACUUUGAAACUUACGGUCGCAUCUGGGAAAUUGCGUUGAGCUAUAAGCUGAAAGAUCUGCAAGACGCCGCAGAGUGUAUCGUAGCUAAGAUGUAUACGGAUGUUUGUGAGAGCGAAGAAUUCCUGACGCACAUCGGGGGAAAUCAGUUGGCCAGCCUUCUCAGCCGAGAUGACCUCAUUGCACCUUCUGAGACGUUUGUCUUGAAAUCCGUGAUGCAAUGGAUUGACUACAAGAAGGAAGAGAGGAUGCCAGUUGUAGCCAAAGUUAUCGGGGCUGUUCGUCUGGGGCUGGUUGAUAUUGGAGUUGUGUUUGACGACCUCAACACAGAGGAGAUGCGACAAAUUCCUGAAAUUUUUGAGCAGGUCCACGAAGCAUCAAUUUAUAAACACAGGUUAACCUAUAAACCCAAGUCUUCAGUGGAGCAAACGAAGCCACGUUCAAAGAACCCGGUUCUUGUAGCUGUUUUGCCUGGAGAAAUGAUGCAAUACUUCGAUGUUGAGGCCAAGACUUGGAAAACGUUACCGGUUGUCUCAGCGCAAAAUGCGGCAACUCAUUGUUUCUGUGCAGUGUCUGUUGGCGAUAAGUUGAUGGUUGCUGCUUGCGACUCCUCAGGUAACUGCAUUUACUGUUAUGAUACAGAUGAGUCUAUGUAUGCAGUAAGAGCAAACGGCUUUCAAUGUUUCCAAAGGUACAAUUUUGCUAGAGGGAGUUGGCAACCAUUGGCUACCUUAAAAACUGGCAAUAAUUUAAACUUAAGCUUAGGUGGCGCAGUAGUAUUGGGCUCAAAGGUGUAUGUUCUGGAGAGAAUGGAAACGCCGACAGCUUUUCACAUAUUUAAUCGCGGUCAAUCGAUAAAACCGGCCGUGUUGCACUGUUUUGAUCCUCAAAAGGAUGAGUGGGAAGUAAAAGCCACAACAUCCUCACCUCAUCUUGGAUCCAUUCUUAUAGUAGUGAAAAGCAAACUAUACGUUGCUGGGGGCAAAGGCAUAUGGAAUAUUUCAAUUGACAUGCCUUCACCUGUCGAAAUGUAUGAUGAGGAAACCAAUACUUGGUCUGUUGUUGAACAAAAAUAUAUUCCUGCCAACAAACUUGGCGCGGUGACAGUAGAAGGGAGAGUGUAUUUUAUUAUCAAUAAAUUUCCAAUUGACAGUGGAAUUAGAAUUGCACACGGGUCCCUGAAUUAUACUGUUCUGAACGAGUGGGAGAAUUUGGGAAAAAUAGAUCAAAAUGCAGCCCUUGGUUAUACAACGAUAAAGAGGUAAAGAAGAGAGAGAUCAACGAGUUGAGGGUGGCUUUUUGUCUGAUUUCUCCUAGUUACUUGCAAUGCAAACGGGCUGAUGUUAUUUCUCGUAUAUAUUCAUUCCUUCAUCCAUUUUUUAGCGCACUUUUGAAAGGCAAAAUGGAUGACCGUGUGAAAACAUAUCGUAUGUGAGAAAAGAAUAUAAAAUUGUGAAGCUAAAAAUCCGUGUUGUAAGUCACUUUUAAUAAGGACCGCAGUGCAUUGCGUGUUUGUUAGGAGAAGACGGCGUCAUACCAAGAAAAUAGUCUCUCGUUAAUAAAGCAAAGAAGUGGCAUGUGUGGAGAAAGAGGCAAUUAUAAUGUGUUCGUUUUUCCUUAAGGAAAUAUGUUCAGGAUUAGGUAAAAGUAAUCUGUAUUAUGACUUGCAGAUGAAAAUAAGUAACAAAAUGCAGGUGUUCUGCAAUCAAAGAAAUGGCAGAAGUCGAGCUUAAAACACCUCAAACUUCGGCAGGAUUCGAACCCGCGUCUCGCUCCCCGCGUUUGCCUGAUAAUGAAACAAAAUUGUGAGAACGUUUUUUAUGUUUAACACUUCAGAAAGUUAAAGCGUCAAAUAUGGCAAACUUAGUCUUCAGUUAAUUCUCUAACUGCAGAACAUCUUUGAAAUAUAAUCAGAAAGUCAUUUAGAAAGGUAACGGGUUAUUGAGGCAAACUCAAUGUUGAGGCCGUACGAAGACCUGUGUGUUUUGAUAAUUGUAUCUCUACAUUGUUAUAGAACGUUUACACGCAUUAUUGGGAUUUUGCUUGUUUUGUUAUAUUUCGCAUGAUUAGCGCUGCACUAAGUGAGUUAUUGGUUCUUUACCUCUAAUAGAGACCGGUAGAAUGUAACCGGAAAUAUUGACAAAGAAUGCGUAGAACGAUCGACAAACAAUGAUGUAAUUAACUAGAUAAUUGCUAGUGAAA